GAAAUUAGCCGCUCAAUAAUUGAAAAACUGAAAUAUUUUUCAAUUACUUUUGAUCCAAUAGCUAUAUUUCGUUACCAUUACCUAUAAGCUGGUUCAUAACUAGUGUUUCUUUCCUAUUGCAUUAUCCGAAACAUUCUUUGGUUAACUAUCAACUGUUACUUGUUUUUAACUCUUAUUCAAUCCAAAACAUGGUUAAACCAUAUAUCCCACAAGAAGCUUCUCAAAAUCCAGAGCUAUAUGGGUUAAGAAGGUCUCAUCGUGAAAGACGUGGUGCUUCAAUCGUUGAAAGUGAUGACAGUGAUGAAGAUGAUUUGAGGCCGAAGAAAAAAUCCAAACGUAACGCUGCUGCUCAAGAUUAUCAAGAUGAAGAAGAAGAUGAUGAUGAAGAUGAUUUCGAUGAUGAUGAUGAUGAUGAUGAAUUCAUGCUUGAUAAUAAAAAACGUAAUUCUAAAAAAUCGUCGAAAAAAUCAUUGAAAAAACCUAAGAAACCAUCCUUAUCUUCAGUUCCUCAAGAAGUUAGGUUUUCUUCUAGAAAUAGUAAACAAGUCAACUAUGUGGUUGAUUAUGAAGACGAUGAAGAUUUAUUGGAAAGUGGUCCAGAGUUUGAUGAAAAUGAUGAUGAAGCAAAUGGUGAUUAUUAUUAUUAUCAACAAGCAGUUGAAGCCGAAGACGAACGUGGAAUUGAUAUAGUAAUGGAUCAUAAAAUUAAUAAUGAAGUUACUGAAUUAACCGAUGAACCAAAACUCGAUUACCUAUUUAAAAUAAAAUGGUCAGAUGCUUCCCAUUUACAUAAUACUUGGGAACCUUGGUCAACUUUAAAAAAUUUCAAAGGUUUUAGAAAAGUUGAAAAUUAUAUUAAACAAUUCAUAAUAAUGGAUCAGGCUAUUAGAAAUGAUCCUCUAACUACAAAAGAAGAUAUUGAAGCAAUGGAUAUAGAACGUGAAAGAAGACGUGAUGAACAAGAAGAAUAUACUCAAGUUGAAAGAAUUGUUGAUAGUGAUCGUGUUGAGGAUGAAAAUGGUGAUUCCAAAUUACAAUACUAUGUUAAAUGGAAAAGACUUUAUUAUGAUGAAUGUUCUUGGGAAGACGCUGAACAAAUUGCUGAACGUGCUCCAGAUCAAGUUUCUCGUUAUCAACAAAGAUUAAAAUCAAAAAUUUUACCUAAUUUAUCAGCUAAUUAUCCACAAUCUCAAAGACCAAGAUUCGAAAAAUUAUCUAAACAACCUUUGUUUAUUAAAAAUGGUGAAUUAAGAGAUUUUCAAUUAACUGGUCUAAAUUGGAUGGCUUUCCUUUGGUCAAGAAAUGAAAAUGGUAUCCUUGCAGAUGAAAUGGGUUUAGGUAAAACUGUUCAAACCGUUAGUUUUUUGUCUUGGUUAAUUUAUGCAAGACGUCAAAACGGUCCUCAUAUUGUAGUUGUUCCUUUAUCAACUAUACCCGCUUGGCAAGAAACUUUUGAAAAAUGGGCUCCAGAAGUUAAUUGUAUUUACUAUUUAGGUAAUACUGAAGCAAGACGUAACAUAAGAAAUUAUGAAUUUUAUACUGCUAAUCACAAACCAAAAUUUAAUAUUUUACUAACAACUUAUGAAUAUAUUUUAAAAGAUAGAUCAGAUUUAGGUUCAAUUUCAUGGCAAUUCUUAGCUGUUGAUGAAGCUCAUCGUUUGAAGAAUGCAGAAUCUUCCCUUUAUGAAUCCUUAAAGUCAUUUAAAGUUAGUAAUAGACUUUUAAUUACUGGUACUCCAUUACAAAAUAAUAUUAAAGAAUUAGCUGCAUUGUGUAACUUUUUAAUGCCAGGUAGAUUCAGUAUUGAACAAGAGAUUGAUUUUGAAUCUCCCGAUGAUGAACAAGAACAAUAUAUCAAAGAUUUACAGAAAAAAAUUCAACCUUUUAUUUUAAGAAGAUUGAAAAAAGAUGUUGAAAAAUCAUUACCUUCUAAAACUGAACGAAUUCUAAGAGUUGAACUAUCAGAUCUUCAAACUGACUAUUAUAAAAAUAUCAUUACCAAAAACUAUUCUGCUUUAAAUGCUGGAAAUAAAGGUUCUCAAAUCUCUUUACUAAAUGUUAUGAGUGAAUUGAAAAAAGCUUCUAAUCAUCCUUAUUUAUUUGAUGGUGCUGAAGAUAGAGUUCUUACUAAAGCUGGAUCUAAUUCGAGAGAUAAUAUUUUAAGAGGAAUGAUUAUGUCAUCGGGUAAAAUGGUUUUAUUAGAACAAUUAUUAACUAGAUUAAAGAAAGAAGGACAUCGUGUUUUAAUAUUUUCCCAAAUGGUUAGAAUGUUGGACAUUUUGGGUGAUUAUAUGUCAAUUAAAGGUUACCAAUUUCAAAGAUUAGAUGGUGGUAUUGCCUCAAGUCAAAGAAGAAUUUCCAUCGAUCAUUUCAAUGCACCAGAUUCUAAAGAUUUUGCAUUUUUAUUAUCCACUAGAGCUGGUGGUUUAGGUAUUAAUUUGAUGACUGCUGAUACUGUUAUCAUUUUUGAUUCAGAUUGGAAUCCCCAAGCUGAUUUACAGGCAAUGGCAAGAGCUCAUAGAAUUGGUCAAAAAAAUCAUGUUUCUGUAUAUAGAUUUGUUAGUAAAGACACCGUUGAAGAAGAGAUUUUAGAAAGAGCUAGAAAGAAGAUGAUUUUAGAAUAUGCAAUUAUAUCAUUAGGUAUUACCGAUCCAAACUCCAAAAAGAGUAAGACGGAGCCAUCGGCAGGUGAAUUAACCCAAAUUUUAAAAUUUGGUGCUGGUAAUAUGUUUAAAGCUAAUGAAAAUCAAAAGAAAUUAGAAGAUUUGAAUUUAGACGAUGUUUUAAAUCAUGCAGAAGAUCAUGUUACUACACCAGAUUUAGGAGAAUCUAAUUUAGGUUCAGAAGAAUUUUUAAAACAAUUUGAAGUUACUGAUUAUAAAGCAGAUGUCGAAUGGGAUGAUAUUAUACCACAAGAAGAAUUAGCAAAAUUAAAGGAUGAAGAAAAGAAAAGAGCUGACGAAGAAUUCUUACAAGAUCAAAUUGCUAUGUAUUCUAGAAGAAAAGCCGCAGUUAAUCAAUUAAAUGGAACAGAAGCAAGCGAUGAUGAAGAUGAAGAAUUUGAUAGUGAUUCUGGUAAAAAUGGAAGAAAUGCAAGAAGAAGAAAUCAAGAUAAUCAUCAAUUAUCCGAAAAAGAAAUUAGAGGAAUUUAUAGAUCAAUUUUAAGAUUGGGUGAUUUAUCAGGAAAAUGGGAACAAUUAGUUGAAGAAGGUAGUAUCUCCAAUAAGAGUCCAGUUUUAAUUAAACAUGCGUACAAUGAGAUUAUUAGUACUUCUAAAACUUUGGUUAAAGAAGAAGAGGCUAGAAGAAGUAAAGUUUUAGCUGAAUUAGAACGCAAAGCUAUGGAACUGAAGGAUAAAAACAUUGUUAAUGAAGAUGGAACCAAUCUGAUGGCAUUAUGGGUAGCUAAAAAGAAGGAGAAAAAAGCGGUAUUAUUUGAUUAUCAAGGAGUUAAAAAUAUAAAUGCAGAAUUGGUCUUGAUGAGACCAACUGAUAUGAAAUUAUUAGAAAGUUUAAUACCAAAGGAAAAUCCUAUAAAAUUUGAAUUGCCCAAACCACCAAAACAAGUUACAUCAUGGAGUUGUGAAUGGAAUGCAAGAGAUGAUGCAAUGUUAUUAGUUGGGGUUUAUAAGUUUGGAUAUGGACAAUGGGUUCAAAUUAGAGAUGAUCCAUUAUUAGGAUUGCAAAAUAAAUUAUUUUUAGAAUCUAUUAAUCCAAAAGCUACUAAAGAAACAAAAUCAGUUAAGAAAGUACCGGGUGCUGUUCAUCUUGGAAGAAGAGUUGACUACUUGUUCAGUUUAUUAAGAGGAGACGAUGAGCAACCAACUAAUGGCACUACUAAUGGAACAACUACUAAAAAACGAGUACGUAAAGUUAAGGCUGAAUCACCAAAUCCAAUAAGUAAUGGUAAGACUAAUAAAAAGAAAUCGCAAUCUCCAGAAAUUAUGAAGGUUAAAAAACCUAAAAAGGAACCUACCAAAGUUAAAAAAGAAGUAGAGGAAGAUAAUGAACUUGAAUAUGAAAGUAUGGAUGAAGAUAAAUGCAAAUCUACUUUGAAGCCAGUUUCCAAAUCAUUAAUGAAAAUUCAUAAAGGUAAUAAAGGUUUAGAUAAACAUGAAUGGGCUACAAUUUUAAGAAAAGAAUUGAUUAAAAUUGGAGACCAUAUUCAAAAUCAAUCCUCUAAACUGUCACUGGUUGAUAAAACUAGAAAACAUUUAUGGUCAUAUGCUGGAUUAUAUUGGCCUGCUAAAGUUCCAAGUAAAAAAAUCACCGAUAUGUAUUCUAGAAUCAAGACCCAAUCUUCGGCUCCAAAAAAACCAAAAGCUGCUUAAUGACUUUAAUUCCUCUUUGUAUUUCAGACACAUUAAUUAGAUACAUUAGUUCUUUAUAUCAUACAUUAUUCUUUGU